AUGCAUUGCUUUAUCCUUGGGAUCCGUGUAAGAGGCCAACAGCAUCAGAAGCUCUUCAGCAUCCUUUCUUUCAGUGGUUUCACGAGUAAUUUGUGCUAUUUGCCAUCAGGUCCAAAGGAACUUACUGGAGCCGUCGAUCUUGUACAAUACUACAAAUUGUUUCUUCACUAUGAGUUCUUUUGCAAGAAGUCAACUUCUUUAUCGGUUUUAGAUGCACAUUACCUUCAUAAUGUUUUCGGAGACAAAGAAAUUCGUAAAUGCGAAGGGAUGCAGUUAAAUCAGCUCAUUAAUGAUAAUAAGUCCAUUUCACAAGAGGCAAUGCAUCCAUUUGAUCUUAAUGCUCUCGGGGACGCCUUUCACUUGAGGGAAACGGCUCCCAUUGAGCUUCCAGACUCAAAGAAGGGAGUUCCUACACAAGCUGGAAGAUCAAUGUGCGAAUUAAAGGGCAAGGAAAAGAAGGAUAAAAAGCACAAAGACAAAGAACAUAAAAAACACAAACAUCAUCAUCAUCAUAAGGAUAAGAAAAACGAGAAUGAUAAAAUAAAUCCUCGUGACUCUGGUGCUGAGCAUUUGAAGAAACCCCAUGAGAAGAAAAGGAAGGUUGAUGGAGAUGAGGACCUUAGUGGCAUUCACAGGCACCAGAAUACUAAGUAUAAGAGAUCAAAGAUGGAUGAAUUUGGUGUGAUAAGGAUAGCAACUUGAAAGUGUAUACUAUUGUUUGUCCUCAAAUGCUGCAAUUGGGACUUUAACAAGGUCCUUAUCUAUUAU